CAAAUUUCUUUCCUCGAUCGUAAUGAGAGAGUCAAGCCAAAAAGAGGCCAAGACCCAAACAAAAUCAGAUUCCUCACUCUCUUUUCAUCUCUUCUCUCUUCUGCUUGCUGCUUGUGAUAUAUCCCACUGUUUGACACCUAUAAAAAGACCUCGCCUCCAUUAAUAAAGCUAUUCUCCUCCAUCUGUAGUCUAUACAUACACUUCGAUACACAGUCUCCCCUUCCCCCAAUUUUUUCAGUGACAAAUUCGAGAAUGUAUGCGGAAACUGGGCUCAUGUUCCCAUACUUCUCUCAAGAAGCUCAGCAGUUUGACGAUUUUUGCUGCUCACAAAGGCCUAAUUCUUCAUUGGUAGGUGUCUGAAAUCUAGUAGAUGACGGUUUCUGGUGGCCGAUAACUGUAAUGGAGCGAGAUGAAUUAUCCAGCGAAGUCACCUAUUUGUCUAGCUAGUUUUUGGGCAUAACAAGCAGCCUCAUGCAAACAUCCACCAUAUCAGAUUACAACCUCGGGGGAGAAGGUGAUCUCUUCAAGGCACCUGAACCAGUAAUCGGAGAACCAUUAAUGGCUGUGGAUCCGAUGACAGCUGCUAUCUCAAUGAUCUCCUGUGGAGAAGACGUGAUCUCCCCCCAGUCGCUAACAGUAUCUGAUAUCGAGUCGUCUAUUGAGAGUGGACAGCUCAUCAGUGAGGUUUUCUAUGAAUGUAGAAAGGAUCUUUUGGCACAGCAAGGGAAUGAGACGCCACUCUGUGAUGCCCUGAGUAUCAAGAUUCCGUCUCUACAGAUAGAUGAAAAUUUUGUUGUUGAUGAGAAGCUGUUUGCGGAGGGCGCACUCCAGAAAAGCCUCAGCUCGAGUUGUCUAAGAUCUGUGGACGGUGUGCAUGAGGCUCCACUGAGGCCAAGAUUUCUCGAUUUUCCAGUUUUGGACUUUGGGGCUUUUAAUGGGAUGCGGAGAGCAUUUAGCGAAGGAGACAUCAAGAAUCUUGAUAACGAUGGUAAAACAAGUCUGGAGCAGUCCUCGGUGGUGCAACCUCAGGUUAUAAGCAGCUGCCGUUCUGAAGAUCGCAGGGAAAAGCUCUCUAGAUACUGGAACAAGAAGUCCAAGCGAAACUUUGGAAGAAAAAUCAAGUAUGCUUGUAGGAAAGCCUUGGCGGACAGCCAGCCUCGGAUCCGCGGAAGAUUUGCCAAGACGGAUGAAAUGGAAAGCCCAAAGAUGCAGUAACUGUCUGUAUUAUUUAUUGUGGACAAGGACAAGUAGAGGUGAUCACCAUGAUAAUCAACUCACCUCCCACCCUAUCUUAACAUCUCUCAUAAUGUCCAUUGUGGCUAAACUAGCUGUGUAUAUACUGUUUUUUAAUGCUACACCAAUAAUAUGUAUGACUUCAUCAAUCUGUAGCUACAAUUUCGCUUUUAUAUUAUAGAUUGCUGGCUAGGAGGCUA